AUGAGUGGAGGAGUAAUGGAAUCUGUGGCACGGCCACCACCUGGGGUGGCUGUGGGUGGGGGUGGGGGAGCAACUGGGCAGAAGGCGAAGGAGCGAUGUGAGUACCACUUUCAGAUGCCACUGCAUUACCCGAGCAAGGAAGGCAUUCUCGAAGACUUUGCCACUCAGGGAGGUGACAGGAAAGAUGUGUUUUUCUAUCAAGCUGAUGAUCAGCAUUAUGUGCCACGAGCAUUACUGAUGGAUUUGGAGCCUAGGGUCAUUAAUGGUAUUCAAAACAGUGAAUAUCAAAACCUCUACAAUCCCGAGAAUGUAUUCAUUGCCAAUCAUGGAGGGGGUGCUGGAAAUAAUUGGGCUAGUGGAUAUCAUCAGAGAGCAUCGAAUGUGGUUGUAGAAUUGGCUCGCUUCCCACAAUUUAAGAUGUUUGCACCUGGUCAGCAGUUCAAAGUUUUUCGAGUUUUUAUAACUCUUUGGGAAAGGAUCUUGGGUAAGCAGUAUGAGGAGGAUUUAAUGGACAUGAUUGAUAGAGAAGCAGAUGGAAGUGAUAGUCUUGAGGGUUUUGUUUUAUGCCAUUCAAUUGCUGGGGGAACAGGCUCAGGUAUGGGUUCAUAUCUGUUGGAGACUUUGAAUGAUCGCUACAGCAAAAAACUUGUUCAGACAUAUAGUGUAUUUCCUAAUCAGAAUGAGACAAGUGAUGUGGUGGUUCAGCCUUACAACUCCCUUUUAACACUUAAGCGACUGACACUGAAUGCUGAUUGUGUAGUUGUUCUUGAUAAUACUUCGCUUAAUAGAAUUGCCGUGGAGCGUCUACAUAUUACAAAUCCUUCUUUUACCCAAACAAAUUCUUUAGUUUCUACUGUAAUGUCCGCAAGUACAACAACACUGCGUUAUCCAGGAUACAUGAACAAUGACUUGGUUGGACUUCUUGCUUCUUUGAUCCCAACACCAAGAUGUCACUUUUUGAUGACGGGUUAUACACCACUCACAGUGGAGCGCCAUGCCAGUGUGAUUCGUAAAACAACUGUACUAGAUGUGAUGAGGAGACUUCUUCAGACAAAAAAUAUUAUGGUUUCCUCUUGUGCUCGGACCAAAGAAGCUAGUCAGGCGAAAUACAUAUCGAUAUUAAACAUCAUUCAAGGAGAGGUGGAUCCUACUCAGGUUCAUGAAAGUUUGCAAAGAAUACGUGAAAGAAAGCUUGUUAAUUUUAUUGAAUGGGGCCCUGCAAGCAUUCAGGUUGCUCUUUCUAGGAAGUCUCCUUAUGUUCAAACUGCCCAUAGGGUGAGCGGUCUUAUGCUAGCAAGUCAUACUGGUAUCCGCCACCUAUUCAGCAAGUGUUUGAGCCAGUAUGAGAAGCUGAGAAAGAGGCAAGCUUUUCUUGAUAAUUACAGGAAUCACCCAAUGUUUGCUGACAAUGAUCUUUCAGAAUUUGAUGAAUCUAGAGACAUAAUUGAAAGUUUAGUUGAUGAAUAUAAGGCAUGUGAGUCCCCAGAUUACAUCAAAUGGGGAAUGGAGGAUCCGGACCACGUUCUAACAGGGGAAGGAAGUGCUUCAGGAACAGUGGAUCCAAAGUUAACAGUAUGAAGUAACCAAGAAUAUGCUUUACUGGUUGGAUGUUGAUGUGAUGUGAUGUGAUUUGUCGUAGAGGUGGAACAGGAUUUCCAUGUGACUAGCAGUCACCAAGCUGACUUAUUUUGAAAUUUACUCAUCACACAGGUCCUUUAAUCUGGUGCUUAUUAUUGUCUACACAUAGGCGACAUAUCUGCACAUAGCCUUCCAUGUUAUAUCGUCCCAUGCUUAGUUAGUUAGGCAGACAAGAGUAUCAAAUGUUUUCGUAUAUUUAUAGCACUAAUUUUAAUGUUGAUGUUUAUGCAUGUGGUGUGUUUAUUAGAUUUAGGGGGAGGUUUCAUGUGUGGUCGCUGUGGCUGAUGGUGAUGAUUGAUUUUCAGCCAUCAUGCAAUAACGUAUAGUUAUAGUGGGACCCUCCAAUUACGUAUAGGUUUUAAACCUUUAUUGUUUGAAUAGUGUUAUUUCAAAUUUUUCUCAAGUAAUAUUUGAUCUGAAUAUUGUUAGUCGAUCGGUCGGUUACGGUGGAUAAACUAGUGGGAAUCGGGAAAAGAGGAGGCGGUAAUGUAUAGUACUAGUGGAUCCACACCCACUAAUAACGUAUACUUUUUUUUUAUCGACUCUCGG